AUGGCUGGAAAGAAACUCUUCUUAGAGUUGGUUACCGCUGAUAGCAUCCAAAUAACUUUGCAAAAUUUUCAUUGCAACGUAUAUGAGUGCUUCCCCGUACACUUCCAGGCUCUUCCACGUAAACCGCCUAGUUCUCUGAUAUAUUCAAAAUCAAAAUUUCACCAGUCGUCGCUCAACUACAAUUUACCGUCCUCUUUAAAGUCUGUGUUAUGGGGAAGACCAGACGAUCACCUUCCAGCUCACACAGCUUCCUCUUUCGACCAAUCGCAUACCCUGGAAUCCCUUCGACCUUGGUAUCCAUCAAUACCGGAUCCGCGUGCGUGUGGCAAAGACGAUGGAUUUUCAAAAAAUUUCUGCUAUGACUCAGGCGGUCGUUUGUUUUACACUGAUGACAGGCAACAUGAGGAAUCCUCACCAAAAGAAUCCGCCCUUGUUCUUCACAGUCGGCACACUCCACCACUGCUCGGCCAACAUCCAUCAAGCGCAACGGUCAAUGAGAUGGUUCCCGUUGCAGAUAUGCCAAAAUUAUUGGACGACAGUGACUCACCCAGUGAUUUCAGUUUACAAAAUCGAUCAGAAACCGAGGUUUUGGAUACAGUUAUCGAGCCAACCACUCAAUCAGUACGUCAGAUUGUCGAACAACAACGACAAAGUGCGGAUUCGAAUUAUAGUUUAGAUGACAAAUCUCCUUAUCUGAAGCAGCUGUUUUGUGCCAGAGCCUUGUUCUCUGGCACACGCGUAUCACAGGCUGAUUAUCCCAGUUUUUCGAGCUACAGUGAUGCUGAACAGAAAAAAUCUUGGUCUUAUCCUCAGUACAGAGAUGACGUAGUACUACCACAAACAGAAGCGAACGGAACUCAUACUACCACUGUCCCUCACGAUAUUUCGCUGAGGUCAUUCCAAAACUCCAUAAGAGACGUAGAGCCAAAUGAUCCAAUCACCCGACCAUCAGGACUAUCACAUGGUACAGUUCCUGUGACUACUGUUCCCCAGGUGGGCACAAUUGGACGACCCCUCACUGGUGUAUAUUGCCCUCCUGCUGUCGGGGGUCCACAGUGCACCAACCGACUUCCACGUCCGUAUGAACCUAGACAGUAUGGUGGAGCUCCACGACCAACCUACAACUCACUGACAAAUCCUUUCAUUCCACCAACGCACGGCCUUCCCCAGCCAGGCUAUCAUCCUGCAUUUGGGAACUUGAGAAAUUUCGGACCAUCUGGAUUUUCUCAUCAUGGACAUGGCAGUUUCGGCUACGGUUUGGACGGCACCAGAAGAAAAAACGCCACACGAGAGAGCACAACCACGCUGAAAGUUUGGCUUCAGGAACACAUAAAAAAUCCCUAUCCCACAAAAGGUGAAAAGAUUAUGCUCGCCAUCAUCACCAAGAUGACCUUGACACAGGUUUCCACAUGGUUCGCCAACGCAAGACGUCGGUUAAAAAAGGAGAACAAAAUGACUUGGCCGCCAAAAACCAACACGAAUACAAGUCGAGCGAGUCCCAACGGUUCGCGUUAUCCUUCGUCCAACACCGGAUCCAGUGACAAUCGAAAACAUCACGAAGAGGACAGUAAUCCAGAUGCUACGAAGGAGAUGACAGUAGAUGAAGAUGAUGAGGAUGACGAAGAUGAGGCAGAAGGGUCCGAUUUGGUUGACGAUGAUGACGAGGAUGAUGAUGAUGCGGAGAAUGGUGUGGAAGGAGGGAAUAGCAGUGUGUCUCGUCCCGGUGAAAAUAAUUUACCUGGAUUGAGAAAUAUGAACAUUCCUGAUACAUUUAGUUAUUCGUCGGCUUCCGAAAAAUCAUUCACAAACUUGCGAGGACCAUCCUCGGAAACAACAUCUCCCGGAUUUUCUGUAAAUAAUCCAUACUACGGUUUGGAAACGCGAAAUCAGCUGGCAUUUGUGUCUGCAUCCGCGCUGAUAGAUAAUGACAGAACGUGUAUGCAACUGCCCACUCCUAACAUGGAUGGUACUCCCCACGUAAGGAAUGCCACCUCUCCUCCGCACCAUCAUUCGAUAACCUUACAAGCCUCUCCGCAAAAAGAUCGCCUUGACCUGUACAACACGUCUACAGCGUUUACACCCCGGCCCAUUGAAUAUAUGUCGGCUAACCUUGCUUAUCCUGCCCCAUUCAAUUCCAUGAACGCCAAUCGAUCAGUUCCGUUCCCCAAUGUCCCUCCAACUGAUUUUGAUCCCCUUCCAAUAGCAAGAACAUUCAAGCCACCAUGUUCUUUCACACUAUUUGACCAGUCCCGUUCAGCAACCGAUACCUAUUCUCAAACUUCUUCGCUGAAACGAUUUCCGCACAUGGACCCACCAGCUGCAGAAGUUGAUGCGCAUCACGCAGGAUUGCCACAGAAACAGUCCACCACACCAGAUUCUUCCUUGUAUAUUCCCUCCUUGCUCAAUCCAUUCUGA